UGUGUGCGACUGGCUGGGUGUGGCGGACGGGCCACAGAUCAACACAGCACGAGUUAGUCUGGUUGGCGGCUCUGUCCACAGCGGAGCUCCACCUCUCUGGCCACUGUUACCUACCUGCAGCCUUCCCCUCCCCCCACCUAACGCCCCUAUCCCCCCACAACCACCACCCACCGCCCUCACCACGCCCACCCGCCACCUCCUCACGCCCAUAUUUACUCCUCCACGCCCGCAAGGACCACUACUCUUCCUCGGAACGUCAAGGAGUUCAUCGGGCUAUCACUCCAAGAGAUUUCGGCGUUCCAGUGACUACUGGCAGAUAAAGUUUCCCAGAUGCACCAUGGUUACUCUUCCUGUGAUCUACAUUAUCCCGUAAAAAACUGUGUGAAACAAAGCAAGAUAUAUUAUCCUUCAAAGAAUUUGUUUUAUGUACAUAGGAGGAGUUGCAAGUGAUGUUGUGUUUGUGGUUCGUGUGAGGAAUCGUGAGAUAAAGCUGGCAGUGUCUUCCUGCUGGAAGAUUUCCAUCGUAUGUUUACCUCCCUAGUGGCGGGUAUAAUGUUUACUUCGACGGUUCAGAGAGGACAAAUAUGUGCUUAAAUUGUAGUUAACUAAGGUCGCCUCACACCAGUGUCGACGGCUUUCUCAUCAACCUCACAGCCUGGAAUAGACGUCUCUUCCUCAUCAACCUCACAGCCUGGAAUAGACGGCUUUCUCAUCAACCUUACAGCCUAGAAUAGACAUUUUUCUCAUCAACCUUACAGUCUGGAGUAGACGGUACUUUGAAGAUUACUCAGGAAAACACAUACGACCUCCAUACGCCCAGGUAGUGCUACAGUAAAUGUGCACCCUAUACCUCAAGAGUGCCCCUCUGGCCUUGGCACCAACAGCAACAGUGCCAGGACAUGCGAUGCGAAACAUCGCAGAGCAAGGAAGUGGAAGAGCCGUGCUUUGAGACCUACGUCUCGCUCAGGACUACGAAGAGCUUGAAGUGCCUUAGCCUGCCUAAAAGAACAACACCCUGCCAUAUUAAAAAAGAGUGCUGAAGAGGAACCAGGCAGUUUGGGGUCCCUAAUUUUCCCCUGUGCCACCAGGAUUAUCCAUGUGUCUGCCACUCCGGCCCAGACGAGGCACUCAGCAGGACCAGUCCUACACCAAUGCCGUCGCUACGGCAGCGAGGACCUCCAGCCAAUUCACUUGAGGCAGCGUUUGUCCCCACAGUGGGUGCCUGAUGUUGGUGCCGCGGGCCACCCCAGUCUGUGCCAUGCCUGCUGCCUCGCCCUCACGCCCCGGCCCGCCAGCCCCACGCCCAUUCACCCCAGCCCCCGCCUACGCCCACUACCACAUGGCGGCCAUCCACUCAUCGCAGGUGGGCAGCGGGUACAGCCGUUCAUCAGUGCCCGGGCCACGCUACAUGGGUGUACCACCCGGAACUCAUCUAGCUGCGGCUCUAACCCAGCCCUCACCCCCAGGGAUGCCCCGGUCCCGCUCCCCUCACCCGUCCCUUGUGCAAUAUGAGGGCUCAGGGCACUCCCCCAGGGUCAUGCCGCCCACCUUCAGGCCCUUCGGGAUCCACGGGUCUCUCAGCUCGCCUAAACAAGCGUCGGUAUGCCCCGAGGCUCGCACUUCUUACCCUGUGCCAGACCUUCCCGAAACCCACCCGAUGCCCUGGCCCUCUGAUGCCCCUCUUCCCGCCUCUGACAUGCCCUUUGAUCUCUCGACACACAAUCGAGAGCCUCGCAUGUCCCCUGCGUCUCGCCCUCUCGAUCUCUCCGAGUGCGAACAACCUCUUGACCUUCGUGUUAAGAAGCGACACCCGGUUGAAGACGAGAAUAUGAACAUCGUGGAGCGCCACACCCCGCCUUCCAUUCCUCGGAGAGCACCUUCUCCGAAAUAUGUCUCGCCCCGAAGAGUACCUUCACCGAAAUAUGUCUCGCCCCGAAGAGUGCCUUCCCCGAAGUAUGUGUCUCCCUUGCACGACUUCAGGUCGCAGCACGUGCAUGAUCUUGCCUCGUCUUCGGUGGAGGGUGAGCACCAGGUCAAGAAUACCACGUUACAGCUAGUGCCGGUGACAAGUGUGGUGACUUCCCGAAACCCACCGACGGUGGUGUAUCCUCAGGCGGUGCAUCAGAGACUGCACCAGCCGGUGCCAGUCUACUCUAGUGCCUGCCGACCCCUACCUCCUGCCGGAACCGUCCGGCCUCCUUACCCAGUCAUGGGUAUCCCUCACAACGCUUACCACAUAGGCCCCUCCCAAGGCCCCCCACAGCUGGUGCCUGGAUACAGAGUGCCCCCUCCUGGACCACAGGGCCACCCGGCUCUCUACCAGGUCGUUAGUGACAGGAUGCCAAAAUGUGUAUCCGCGCAUUCUGAAGCUCACGGUGUUUCGUCUGUGUUGCCUAGUAUGUCGGCAGUGAAGCCCCGGGAGCGGUACUCUUGUAAGUUCUGCGGCAAAGUGUUCCCGCGGUCGGCUAACCUGACGCGGCACCUGCGGACUCACACUGGAGAGCAGCCUUACAAGUGCAAGUUCUGCGAGCGUUCCUUCAGUAUCUCGUCCAAUCUUCAGCGUCACGUGAGAAAUAUCCACAACAAGGAGAAGCCAUACAAGUGUCGCCUGUGUGAGCGAGCCUUCGGUCAGCAGACCAACCUCGACCGUCACAUGAAGAAGCACGAGUCUGACGGACCCACCAUCCUGGACGGUAGCCCUAAGAUGUACACUGCGCGACCCCGGGAAGAGGACGCGCCUGCUGUGCCAGCAGGCAAGGACCCCGUGGAGCUCAAUGGCACCACAGAGAGCAGGAGUGACCUCCAAGCUCCCGAAGACGAUGAUGACGAGGACGAAUAUAUUGACGUGGAGGAGGAAGAUGAAGAAGAAGAGGAGGAGGAGCUGGGAGAUAAGGAUAGAGAAAAGAUUUCGUGUGAAGUAACAAUCAAGUCAUCAUCGAGUAUAUCGCCGAUGGAAGUGGAUGCGGCCGAGGGAGUGGUGUCGCAACCCGUAGCAGUAAUAUCGGCGUGAAGCCACAAAGCAUUACUGGUGUCAUGCUCCACUAUUCUAGUGAAGAAGAACACACAGUAGAUAACCUGCAGCGCCUAGUUAGCAGCCAAUACGGUGACGAAACUGCUCCAAGACUUUACUGUAACUAAUAUGUGUGUAUGUUCAGGUUCACCAGUGGAAAGAAAAAUUUUAUGUGCGAACUCGAGCAUUUGUGGUGUGUUUGUCCAUCCCGGAGUGCGGGAAGGGCCGUCGUGGGUAUACUAGUUCAUCGCUCUCCCUUUUGACUGCAGGGAGAGACCCUUCAACUUGCCGUCAUCUCCAGGAAGAGCCCCUUCAACGUGCCCUCACCACCUGGAAGUCCUCAACGUGCCCUGCUCGUCAGGGAGAAGGGCUAGUGUAUGGAGUUACAGUCCAGUUCUGCUUCCUCGCUAUUCUACACCAAUCUCAAAAUUCAUCAGCAUCCUCCGAAUCACGAAAAAAUAUCAGACUAAACAUCCUAAAAGUCAUCGACGCCAAAAACUAGAAGUGACUGUAAGCAAAGAUGGGUAUUGUAAUAUAUCAAAUAUUAUAACGUGCUUAUUAUAAUACAUAGAAAAUGAUUAUAUGUAUACAUGUAUUAGUCAAAAUAGCAGAGUUAGGGAUGGGACUGCGACGUCCUGAAACCACCACAGAAAACAUAUCGUCAUCAUCAAGGGUAAACUAAGGAAAAAAUUGCCCCAACCCUAUAAACAUUUGUGCCUAAGGUCUAAUGAACCUUUUUUUUUAUUCUACGUCUAAUUCUCUCAUGUACAAACCUACGCGGACUUCUGUGUAUGGGUAAUGAAGUGCAACAUGCGUUAUAGUCCUGCCAUUUUGAAAGAAGAAUUAAAUAUACGUCAUAUUUUCUUAAGAGAUUUAUAUAAUUCCGCAAGUGUGCUGAGAGAGAGUAAAUUUUAUGAUGAAAUUAUGUUAUUGUAAGUAGGCCACUGUAGUACAAGUAGAGUAAGUGUAUCACCGUAGUUGUAAACCAUCGAGCGGUCGUGAAUCUUCAGUAAGGCUGAGGGUACCUGUCUAGUGGUUCAGUUUAUGUCAUACACUAAACAAGCCGUUGUAGUCGAGUUUUCUCCAUGACAAACGUAUAGAUAUAGUUUUUAGUUUCCUUUGUGAAGCGUCUUGUGUUAACUUUAAACCCUGUCGUGUGUGUGUGUGUGUGUGUGUGUGUGUGUGUGUGUGUGUGUGUGUGUGUGUACUCAUCUAAUUCACCUAAUUAUGGUUGCAGGGGUCGAGAUUCAGCUCCCGGCCCCGCCUCUUCACUGAACGCUACUGAGUCCUCUCUCUCCCUGCUCCAUGAGCUUUAUCAUACCUCGUCUUAAAGCUAUGUAUGGUUCCUGCCUCCACUACAUCACUCGCCAGACUGUACCACUUCCUGACCACUCUAUGACUGAAGAAAUACUUCCUAACAUCCCUGUGACUCAUCUGAGUCUUCAACUUCCAAGAGUGACCCCUUGUUUCUAUGUCCCAUCUCUGGAACAUUUUGUCUCUGUCCACCUUGUCUAUUCCACGCAGUAUUUUGUAUGUCGUUAUCAUGUCUCCCCUAACCCUCCUGUCCUGUGUGGAUGGAGGAAUCAAAUCACAGUUUCUGGUUCUUCCUCUUCGCUGGUCGCUUUUAGGUCCACUCUCUUCCGACUACUUCGUCGUACCUUUUUCUAAAGCCAUGUAUGGAUCCUACCUCUGCCACUUUACUCUCCAAAUUAUUCCACUUCCUCACAUCUUUAAGACUGAGGAAAUACUUCCUAACAUCCCUCUGAUUCAUAUGAGUGUGUGUGUGUGCGCAUAUGUGCGUGCACUCACCUACUUGUACUCACAUAUUUGUGGUUGCAAGGGUCGAAGCUUAGCUCCUGGCCCGCCUCUUCGCUAGUCGCCACUAGGUCCACUCUCUCACUGCUCCAAGAGCCCUAUCAUGUGUGUCUAUGUGUAUUUGUAUGUGUGUUUGUGUGUGUGUGUGUGUGUGUGUGUGUGUGUGUGUGUGUGUGUGUGUGUGUGUGUGUGUGCAUGUGUGUGUGUGUGUGUACUCACCUAGUUGAGGGUGCAGGGGUCGAGUGUGUGUGUGUGUGUGUGUGUAUGUGUGUGUGUGUGUGUGUGUGUGUGUGUGUGUGUGUGUGUGUGUAUGUAUGUGUGUGUGUGUGUGUGUGUGUGUACUAUCCACCGAACCAUCCAGACAUGAGACAGCUUAACCCGACCAAACACGGUGUCUAGUACCAAGCUUACGAGACCACGACCUCACAACUCUAACAACAAACUAGAUUUCUUCUUCUCACACAACUCAAAUAUUUCCUCUUCUCAUGCCUUUACACAAGAUUUUUUUUUUUCAUUUAGGACAAUGUACUUUAUACGUAAAUAUACAAGUAUAUCUGAAGAAUAUAUCUAGUACAAUAUUCUAUUUUGUUAUUUAUUAAAACUAAA